AUGGGUCCGACCUCAUGGGGAGGUCCUCUACGAUGGUCCCUACUCCUCUUGUUAGCUGGUUUAAUAUCAGGGUUGGUGCGAGUGAAAAGAGAAACGGGAACAACCAGUCAAUCAUUGCUCACCGUUGAGUGGGAAGGCAUUCAAACAGGAGAUCAUCCUGAUUCGGAUGUCCAAGGAUUCCUCGUUGAGUAUCGCGCAGAGAAUGAUUUGGAUCGAUGGAAUGUUCACUCUGGAAUCAUCCCUUACAAGGGACCAAAUCACCAAUAUCGUGUCCAGAUCCCGAGACUGCCGAUGGGCAUAUCGUUCUUCGUCAGGAUUAAGGUUCUCGGAACUGAUGGUUCGGUGCUUGUGGAGACUCCAGAGAUUCGAGCAAGAAACGAAAUGGUUUCCAUCAAAUGCGAUAUCGAUGACGUUUCUGAGCCUCGAAACGUGGAAAUCACUCAAGCCAGCCGCUUUUCUUUGGCAUUCCGUUGGGAUGUACCCGAAUGCGGUUCUAUCGGUGAUUAUCAGGUCGAGGUGGCCGGACUUGGGAAUGCCUCUUUCGAUAUUCAUCGUCAAACCGUUAUUCAACCAUCUGCAUCGAUCACAAAUCUUCUACCAGGAAUUGUCUAUGCUAUCAAAGUUCGUGCUUCUGAUCGUUCUCGCAAUACCGGUCCUUGGAGUUCCGAAAUUCUCGAGGCUCAAACAAAAGGAGACGCCAUUUCUUCAUCAGAUGCCAUUCAUAUUGAUUAUCGUACCGAUGUCCAGAUUCGAAUCACCUGGCUUCAUUAUGAUGACGAAAGACUUCAACAUUAUGAAGUGAUGGCUGUUGAACAAGACGCGGAUUCGCGUCGAGUUGAGCGUGCUCGUGUUUCUCCGCAACAAUCAUCCCAUGUCCUUUCUGGUCUCAAACCGAACACUCGUUAUUUGAUUGGAGUCGUUGCUUUUGUUGAUCAUGAGCCAAAGCAGAGCUACAGUAUCACGGCUCAAACCGCUCAAGAGGGAGCCGCGGUGUGGGCUGAUAAACCGCAAGUGGUUGAAGAAGCUGAUGGAGUGGCAACCGUUCAUUGGACAGUUCCACCCGUUACAGCCACUCCUGUCACUCGAUUCAUCGUUGAAUAUCGACUUCCAAGUGAAAAUCAAUGGCAACGGGGAGACGAACGAGCAUUUGACGGCUCAGUCGGUGACUAUUCGGUGUCACUUUCCGAUUUGGUCGAUGUUCCAUUCUAUGCAGUGCGAAUCGUUGCCGUUGAUGAAUCGAAUCAAGCCGUCGCUGUCACUGAUGAGCUUACUGUUGGACAUGCGGCUGAAGGAGCAUGUAUCGGACGAGCGGGAGUGCCAAGAAACGUUCGCGUUGUGGCUGUGGGCGGAGAAGCAGCAAAAUUCGAGUGGGACAAGCCAAGCUGCGAUGAAUCAGUGGCCCCAAUUGAUGGAUACGAAUAUCUUAUCUGGGAAUCUUCACAAGCAGCUCCCCCAGACGGCGCUUCCUAUGUCGGCGCUUCCACAAUCGUAGUCGACACUCUUCAACCCAGCACCAAAUUCAGCUUCAAAGUCCGAUCAAGAUCCGGAAACGGUCAUAGCGCAUGGAGUAGCCCGAUUGAGACGACAACCGCCGCUAAUGGCCCACUACAAGAUCUCACUGAAAAGCGUGUAAAACGACAAUCCAAGCACCUAAUCCGAGACGCAUCUAAUCUCUACAAAUUGCGUCUUGUGCUGGCUCCACCAAAUAGUUACCUCGUGUGGACACCAUUACCCCAACAUCAGGGUCUCGUGCACAUGUUUAAGCUUGCUUAUAAAGAAGAUUCAUCAUUACGCUGGAGUCGAGUCGUGACACGACCCGAGGAUUUCCGUUGCCCAACUGGUGUCGCCGAUCCCGAGGACUAUUGUCAAAGAUUGGAUAAUUUUGUGUUUCGUAUCAACUAUCAAGCAACCGUGUCUUACAAUUUGACCACUGGUAUAACCGCCCCACGUGGCACUUCUAUAACUUUUCAAUUGGUUGACCUUGAUUCCCCAGAGGAAGAGCCAUUUCAUAUCGUUGCACAACCAAUUGAUGGGUUUUCCGUGGAAUUACACUGGAAGCCACACUUUAAACAAACUGUCGAAUCGUAUCAGAUGAGCAUCUUCGAUGGAUCGGGUCGAGUGCGUCUUGUGCCACUCAGAUCAAACGUCGAUUCAUUCGUGGUCCCACUCCCACAUCAGCCACUUUCACCGCAAAGUGAAGCCGCUCUUCCACUCAUCGUUUCUCUCGAGGCUCGUCUCAUCUCCGGUUAUUCAGUGGUGCAGCGUUUCGAAAUCAAGUCCACCGCUCAACUUGUGCUCCUACCAGCUGGUCAUUCCUCAUCAUCUGGUGACAGUGUUCAAAUUGAGCAACCUCGAAUCGAGCAACAAGGUUCACGAAGCACUGUUUAUUGGACUGUUGUUGGACAAACGGCUAAUGUUGCUUCUUUCCAGCCCGAGAUUCGUACUCACAGUGAACAGUGGAAAGCAGUGGGUGAAGCCGUCGACAAUGAUCACACCAAAUCACAACGACACUUCCGCCAACAACUGGGCGGACUCUCGGCUUCUCUCUACUAUGUACGUGUUCGAGCGAUCGAUUCCAAUGGUCGCACCGUUGCCACUUCGCCAUCAACUUCAUUCCAAGUCCAAUGUCAAGCACCACUUGCCCCAGAAAAUGUUCGCCUUGAUCGCGUGUCUGAAAAUCUUGUCCGCAUCUCAUGGAAUGCUCCACAGGAAGAUCAAACUUGUGGUGGCGUUUUCUACAUCACGGGUGUGGUUGAUGGACAGCAAGUCAACUAUCGAGUUGCAUCAACUGAGCGUCAUUUCGACAUCCAGGCAAAGCCCUCUUCAAUCAACCUUGAAAUUCGUGCAUCGAACAAAGCCGGCAGUGGAACAGCCUCUCAACAAGUCCUCCUCAGCAAUGCGCGUCAAUCAUCAGAAGUGGGGCAUCGGCUGAAGAGAAGUAUUUGUGAUCCAAGUCGCGAUUUUUGGUGCAGCGGCUUUGAAGCGACACAUGCAGGCCGGCAAUCAGGCCAAGCUUUGGUUUCAACUCCACAAGUGUCGACACGGGGAAAUGACUUGCAUGUGACAUGGAGAAGUGAAGGAGAAGGACGUGGCGUCUUUGGAUAUCGGGUUCAAUUCCGUACCGAUCAGUCUGGAUGGAAUCCAUAUGGUCAAAUUGUUCCCUACACUGGCGACAAUCAGGAAUACCAACAAACCCUCACCGGACUUCAACUUGGUCACACUUACUACAUUCACAUUCAGGUAUUGGAUCGAAACUCUUACGUGAUGUACACCUCAGCCGAAUCAUCGGCCACCUCUGAAUGCAAAGCUCCAUCCCAUCCACCAUCUCACCUUGCCGUUUCGGCACCAGAUGUCAGUCAUGUUCGCGUCGCGUGGGCUCAUCCACCACAAAGCACUUGGGGUUGCGCUGAUCUCCAAUUUGAGAUUCAAGCCGAAGAACCUUACGGACAAGCCCCAGUGUCAGUUGCUGGUGGACAGACAACUCAUAUUUUCCAAUCGAGACCAAAUGAGAAGUGGGCUGUGAAGAUCCGAGCUCGAAACUCUGCUGGACAUUCUGCUUGGACGCCUAUCUCUUCGGUUCGAACUCCAGCUGCUGGAGAACUCGUCAUCGGCCCAAAUGUUCAAUAUCGUCAAGGGUCACCGAUUCUCUCUUGGCAAAGCAAAGAAGGCGUUGAUAGUUCAACGGUUGCCAGCUAUUCGGUUGAAUGGAAAAAUGACAAAGAUGAAAAUUGGCGUCAACACAGCAAUCAGAUUCCAUUCUCUGGAAACCAAAGAGGAUAUCAAGUGGAUUUGUCUGGUUUGCCGAAGGGUCAAACCUAUCAGUGCCGAGUUGUGGCAAAAGGUCCACGUGGAGAGAUAGCUUUCACUUCACCCGCUGUCGCUGUCCACACUUCACAAGCCUGUCAGAAGCCUCGUCGUGCUCCCUCCGGUCUUCAAGUCCAGCCUGUUGGACCCACGCAGAUCAAGCUCACUUGGACUCCCCUUCCCGAAUCAGAGUGGAAUUGUGAUCGAGUCUGGUACAUUGUGAAAUACUCGACUCUACGCAAUCAAGGCUUCAAAAACUUGACCCAAGGCGAGAACUCGGUUCUGUUUGAGUCCGAUCCUUACACCCAAUGGCGAUUCGAGGUUCAAGCUGCCAAUCCAGCCGGAGAAUCCGAAUGGUCUCGCACUGAAGCUGCUCAAACGCAAGCAGCUGCACCAGGACCUGUCGCGGAUUUGAGAAUUCAACCACUCGGACCCGAUUCUGUUCAAGUGAGUUGGCGACCACCAGCGAAUCCAAAUGGCCAAAUCACUUCCUAUGAGAUCACCUAUCAACUAACAAACCGUGGAAUGUGUGAAGAAGUUCGUGAGGCACCAAGAACCGAGCAAAGUCAGCAGCCGUAUUUCGUCUUACGCAAUUUGCAUCCACACUCCAAAUAUCGCAUCGGGGUUGCAGCAAGAACAACAAUUGCUGGUGAACGAGUGUCACAAGAGGUUUCCACAGAUCAAUCGACACCCACUGCCGCACCGAAUUACCUCCGAGUUGAGGAUUCUCGUCAAGAUUCGGCUAGCAUUUCAUGGCAAGCCCCAGCUUGUUUGCAAACCAAUGGAGAUAUCACUGAGUAUGAGUAUGAAGUCACUCCCGCUGAUCGAAGGACUCAUGUGCAAAAGACAACCAACAACGUGCGCGGAACUCGAGCACAAAUCACUAAUCUUCAGCCAAAUACCCGUUACAAUGCUAAAGUUCGUGCUUACACAGCUCGCGGUGCUGGUCCGUGGUCUCAAGAAGUUGCCUUCCAAACAACGGGACACUCGAUUGUUCAGGCUCCUCCGCACAUUUCAGUCAUCGAUGCUGGUGCAGACAAUGCGCAUAUCCUUUGGCAAUCAUCACAAAGCCCAACUGAUAAUCGCGUUGAUCGUUACAAGUGCAAAUAUAAACCAGCGAGAACACAAGAGCCACCGAAAGAGGCAGAGUUCCCGGCAGCUUCUCCUUGUGAUCCAAAUCUAUUGAGAAGACAAAAUCUCCCGCCUACUCCACCUGGAUCUCAAUAUCAAUGUGGUCGCAUCGAUAACUUGCAACCCGAAAAAUCCUAUGAAUUCCAAGUUUCUGCUUGCGCUCGUCGAACUUGCUCCGACUACACCAAACCGGCAACUGCCAAAAUUUCGGAUGGACCCGUGAAAGUGCUCUCGGUGACAAAGACUGGCAGCACUGAUCGAUCGUUGUCGGUUCGAUGGGAAGUGAAUCCAGAAGACAUUCCUCGUGUCACCGGAUUCCGUCUUUACGUUGAGCCUCUUGAUCGAUCCGAUCGCCCCAUGACUUUCACUGUCGAUUCACGCACUUUAAAUUAUCGCAUUGACACUCUUCGCCCAAGCACCGCCUACAAUGUCAGUGUGCAAGCGUGCACUCAACGAGAAUGCUGUGUGGGCACCUCGGCAACGAUGAGCACCGAUGCCGCUCAAUUGCAGGCUCUUUCUGUUGCGCCAAGAAUUAUUGCCGAAGAAGCGACUUCGAUCACCAUUGAAUGGAACUCGAAUUCUCGAGAGGCAUCUGGUUACAUUGUUGAAUAUCGUCUCGAAAGCGGUGCAUGGCAGCAACAUCCGCGCCGUGUGCCAGCCAACCCAGCACAAACCACUUACACUUCCACCGUUGAUGGACUUCCAACGAACAGUGUUGUUGAUUUGAGAGUCCGUGUCGUUUCUGCUCAAAAUGAACAAACAGCCCCAUCUCCUGAAGUGAGAGGAAGAACGAAAUGCCAACCUCCAUCCAGUCCUCCACAUGGACUUCGCCUUGAUGCACCCUCUACAAAUGAGGUGAGAGUUAAUUGGGCACGACCGGCAAGAGAUCAAUGGCAAUGUGAUCACAUGAACAUCGAGAUCAGUUAUCGUGUUGGUGGUGGACCGGAAAAGACUGUGGUUGUCCCUGGAGAUCAAACCGAAUACAAAUUCCCCGCCGAGCCCAAUCAGCGUUGGCUCGUCAAGCUUCGUGCAACGAAUCAAGUUGGAACCUCGGGAUGGUCACCUGAGCAAUCAAUCACCACAAGACAGGGUACACCAGGAGCUGUUCGGGACUUGAGAGUGAAAGCUCUCUCACCGAAUGAGGUUCACGUGCAAUGGUUGCCUCCAUUAGUGCAACGUGGUACAAUUGUCGGCUACGAUAUCUCCUAUCGUCUCAAACAUCGACUUGCUUGUCCUGAAGAAGAACCUCGUGACGUAUCAAGAGACUUUGUUACCAUCUACAAUCACAAAGAUCUUGACUACACAUUGACUGGUCUUUUGCCAUAUUCUUUGUAUGAAGUGAAAGUGCGAGCUCGAACCACUGACUUGGGACCCGAAGAGACAAAAGAAGUGUCCACCGAGCAACAACCCCCAUCUGCUCCACCACUCAAUCUUGAGCUCACUUAUGCUCUUGAACGAUCCCUUUCUUUCCAAUGGGAACCAGUCGAUUGCUCUCAACGUCACGGUCAUAUCACCAAUUACGAAUAUGAGAUCAUUGGCCAAGACGAUUGGGCGAAACUGGAGAGACAAAUUGCAAACACGUCGGACACGAAGAUUAUGAUCGAUGGAUUGACACCGUUCACAAAAUAUGUGAUGCGAGUCAAGGCUUACAACAGCAUUGGAGGAGGGCCAAACACUGAGAAUCUUGAUGUGAUGACGGCUAAAGCUGACGCUCCACUUCCGCCACAAGAUCUCGUUGUUGCUCAAGAGGGUACGGAUUUCUUCAUGGUUUCAUGGCUUCCACCAUAUCCACCAUAUGGACCACACGAUGCUUAUAAGAUUCGCCAUCAACUUUUGGGAACAGAUGGCUGGGAAACGGUUGAGCAACCACUCCGUAGUCCUCUUCUUCAAUGCCCUGCUGAAAGUCCUCGUUUCUGUUACAAUGUCACAGAUAAGGAGCCCGGUCAACAAUAUCGUGUACAAGUGGCUUGCAGAAUUGAGGGAGGAAACUACGGACCAUGGAGUAGCGUUGUCAUUGCAAACACACUACAGGUUCUCCCGGAUGCCCCUCGUGCAAUUCAUCUCAUUGAAAAGACUGAUCACUCACUUCAUAUCCGAUGGGUUCCACCUGUUGACAGCAAAGGACAUAUCACCCAAUAUCGUGUCUCAAUUGUGUCCCUCGAUGAUCCGAACGACAAAAAGCGGACAUUCCUUGUUGAUCAUCCAACGCUCACUUAUCUUUUCGAACAACUUCAACCUGAGACCAACUACAAUAUCUCAAUUGCUGCUGGAACAAAACGUGGCUUUGGACCCGAGAUCUAUACUCGUUAUGCCACCGAUCUAUUCAACAUCCCGGCGGUGAUCGGCGCCCCAGUUGUCACUCCCGAUGGAGCCAGUGCUCUUGAUGUUCAAUGGAACGGAGUACAAGACACAAAGAAUCGCGUCAAGGGAUACAUCAUCGAGAUCCGAAAUGCUGAGACUUCAUCUUGGACAGAAAUUGGCGGACAAACAGAGCACGAUGCUGUGAAGAGAACCUACCUCAAGAAAGUCACUGGUCUUGAUCCAGAUACGCUCUACUUUGUCCGAAUCAAGGUCGUUGACAAACAACAACGAGUGUCUGAUGCCUCACCUGAAGGACAAGGAAGAACCGGAUGUGCCGCUCCAUCAUCACCACCAGCCAAUGUGGCCAUAUCAUCACCAUCCAACAAACAAGUUCGUUUCUCGUGGCAAGCUCCAUUGAAGGGAUCAUGGCAAUGUUCGGCUAUUCGAUACAGAAUCGAGUAUACAAAUGGUACAAAUGGACGUCAAGAAAUGGAAGUCCCCUCAGCGGCCAUUGAUCACAUGUUUGAUUCUCCACCAAACACAAAAUGGGUGGUGAGAAUCAGAACAGAAAAUGAGGCUGGGCAAUCCGAUUGGAGCAAGGAAUUAGAAGUGACAACAGCCGAAGGUGCUCCAGGAGCAGUAACUGAUUUGACUGCCACUCCAGAAGGACCAACGACAGCGGUGGUUUCCUGGAAACAACCGGAGAACCCGAAUGGAGUGAUCACUGGGUACACUUUGAUCUAUCGUCUCAAAGCUAUUGGCCAAUGUGGACCUCGAUCAUCAAAUCCCAUCGAGAAACACGUUCGAAGCGAGGAACAAACUUUGGAAGGACUAUUGCCCGAUUCAACAUAUGAAGUUCAAGUGAUUGCCCAUACUUCACUUGCCGGUCCCACAUCUCAAACUGUCACUUUCACCACUGAAGAGGCUGAACCAUCCGGAGAGCCGCUCAAUGUUCGAAUCGGAUCCGUCACCGCUACUCGUGCUGAUGCUAUGUGGCAACAACCAGAAUGUGAAAAGCGACAUGGAAAGAUCACUGAUUAUGAAUAUGAAUUGGAAGCUGUCGAUGAAUGGGCUGAUAAUAACACUGGAAGCAGCCGCUCCGAACGAGUGACUUUCGACAAGUUGACCCCAUACACUGAAUAUCGUUUCCGUGUCAGAGCUCUCAACUCACAAGGAGCUGGCCCAUACAGUGAAUGGGUUUCGUUCACCACUCAACCAGCCGCCCCACCACCACCAGGAGAUCUCCAAGAAGAAGGCACUUUCCCUCAUGCAAUUGAGAUCUCAUUCCUGCCUCCAUCACCACCCCACGGACUUCUCGAUCAAUACAAAAUUCGAUACACUCCAAGUGGAGAGAGCAACUACAAAGAGAUUCGUGUGCCAGCUGAGCGACUCGUGUGCUCUGAUGCUAACAAGAGAGAUCGACUAUGCUAUCGUCUAUCGGAUCUUGAGCCUGAACAAGAAUAUGAUAUUCAAGUAGCAGCUCAUACAGAAGGAGGUGGUUGGUCUGAUUGGUCAGCUUCGAUUUCAGCAAAGACCCACGAGCAAAACAUUCCUGUUUUGGAAAGAGAGUUGGAAGUUGUCGACACAAAGCCCACUUCGAUCUCACUCAAAUGGGAGGGAUUGCCCGUUGAUCAGGCGGCUCAUGUUGUUGGAUAUGCACUCGAAUACAAAUCAGAAGAUGAGAAAGCUGCUUGGGCCGAAUAUAAUGGAGUGACUCGGCAUCGUCAACGACAAAAUGAAUACAAAGUGACAGUGAAAGAGCUUGAACCAGCGACAAACUACUUCUUCCGUUUGAAGGUUGUCGGAAAGAAUGACAAACGAGGUGCUCCUGGACCUGUGACCAAAGCGAUGACAAGUUGUGGAAAACCUGAAGAACCGCCAAGCAAUGUUAAACUCACCUCGGUCAACUUUGAGACACUCAAGAUUACUUGGGAACCACCGAGUGAGGAGAGCUGGCUGUGCAAUGAGAUCGAAUAUGUGAUCGACUUUGUGAACACUACCAGCAAGGGACAACUCAAUGUGGAUCCGGAUUCACCAUCAGAGCUGAUCAUCUCAACAAUGCCGGGCACAAAAUGGGAAGUGCGGAUGAGAACUGAAACCAAAGAAGAUAAGCCACAAUUCUCACGAUGGUCGGACAAGGUUUCCCUCACAACACAAUCUCUACCUGGAGAAAUCUUUGUCACUGUCACUCCAAAAGAUCCAACAACGGCUCAGGUCGAUUGGGAUCUAGCUGAUAAGGAUCAAGGAUGGAACUAUGGAGUUGAUAUCACCUACAGAUUGAAACAAUUGGGUGGAUGCACAGAAGCGGCAACUGGAAGCCAUGAACCAAUCACUCGCUUGAAUGUUCAAGAGAAACAACUCUUGCUCACCGAUCUUCAUCCUGGAAGCACAUAUGAGGUAAUUGUGACACCAAGAAGGCCGCCAAGCCUUCACUCAUCAAUCGUCGCUCCAAAGACUGUUCGAACAUUCAAAACCGAAAGCGAUGUCCCAACUGGGGCACCACAAAAUCUUCAAAGCACUAUUCGAAAAGAUUCUGAGCUUGGAUUCAAAUGGGAUCCACCAGAGUGUGCUCAUCAAAAUGGAAAUGUGUCCCAAUAUGAAUUCAUUCUUUCGGGACUUGAUGAAUGGAAUGAGGGCGAUCGAGAAAGUGUCACUCCUCGACUUUCAGCUGUCAUUGAUCAACUUCAACCAGGAAGUCUCUACAGAAUGAAGGUUCGCGCUUAUACAUCAAAGGGAGCUGGACCUUGGUCAGAGCCUUUGGAUAUUCGCACAACUGGAAGUGAAUUGGGUCCUCCAAGAGAGUUGACCGCUGUGCAGACAAUGUCCACUCAAAUCCAGCUCACUUGGCUACCACCAUAUCCCGAAAAAGCUGUCGUCACUGCUUAUCGAAUCCGAUACAGCCCAAGAGCCGAUGAUAGUAAUCCGACGGAAGUCGAAAUUAGAGACGAUCAGCUUUCUUGUACCGGUUACAAGAGUCCAAUCAUUACUUCCGACAAUCUCUGCUCUACCAUCAAGAAUCUCCAACCUUCUACCACUUACAGAAUCGCUGUUCAAGGACAAUCAGCCUCCGGAAACUGGGGCGAAUGGUCAUCGGAUUAUUUCAGUACAACAAGAAAAGAUGACAAUGAAACACUUGGUGGAUCGAUCAAACUUCUCUUCCAGAGCCAUGACAGUCUCAGAGUUCAAUGGGUCCCACCAGCAGUCAUUGGAAACAAGAUCGAGAAAUAUGAUGUGUACAUCUCUGUUGCCUCUGUUCUUGAUGAAAAUCCCCAAAUGUUUUCGACUUCUGGACGACAAACUGACUAUCAUUUCCGCAAUCUCGAUCGUGUCACUCACUACAAUGUGACAGUGAAGGGACAAGCUGGAGGUCAAAACCUUUGGUUCAUCUCUGGUGUUUUCCCAACUACUGAUUUCGGCGAUGGGUUAUUGUCUUGGUUGCCAGCACCAACCGAUUUGCAUUUGAUCGAGAAGAGUGACACAAUGUUGCAUGUGGAUUGGGUGCCUCCAGAGAUCUGGGAUCCCGAGAAAAAAGAGCUUCUCACUCACUAUCGUGUCACAAUUGCUCCAGUUGAUCCACGAACGGGAGUCGCCGGCACACCGAAGAAUUACACGGUGCUUGUGCCUGGAAACGCGAUCAAAUUUGAGGGACUCAUCCCCGAGACUCCGUACAAUAUCACCGUUCAAGGGGCCACCAACAGUGGAUAUGGACAGAUUCUCUGGGGAACCUAUUCAACCUUGGCUCCUGGACAGCAUCACAUUCUUCGUCUUCAGAACCGCACUCCAACCACCCUCACUCUUGAAUGGGAUCCAAAAUGGGGAACAAACCACCGCGGCUAUACACUUUCUUGCUACACGAUCACUUCUGUGUACCAAUCGGUGCCUCAACAUCAAACAAGAACAUUCCACGUCGAUUCUACUGCGACUGAAUUCACCGUCAAGGGACUCAACGCUUCCACCACCUACAAUUGCACUCUUCAGCCAAAAGAUCACGCCGAAGGUGCUUGGGGUGUUUGGUCGACAUUGCCACCAGGAUGGUUCCUCGUCAAGAAUCUUAAACAAUGCGACAAGACAAACUUUGCAGUCUCGAUCAGUUGGGAACCCAUUGUUGACAACAUGGCCAGCGACUAUCAAGUUCGCUAUCUGAGAUUGAAAGAGCACGAUGGUGUUUGGCAAGAGGAAGAUGAGCGUGCCGCGAAAGAGCUUCUCUGUCCAAAAGAUGGAUGUGGACGACAUUGCUAUUUGGUCUUCAAUUUGCCCCACAAACCCGAUGAAUACGUUUUCCAAGUGCGAGCAAAAGUCGCCGGUCAAUGGAACUACUGGAAAUCGGCUGGCCGUCUUGUCAUCAGUGAACCGCCACAUAUUAAAGCUAGUUGUUGCAUUGUGCCUCCAGACUACCAUGUUGACAAUAUCGGAGCUCCUGGAACUUUUAUGGAUAUUGAUGUGGCUCCAUCACCAACUGAUACUAACAUCACUCGUUAUUAUGUGGUUGUGGACGAGCGCGAUCCUCCCGGUGACACCAACUGGACCGAGCUUACUGAUAAGGUGACUGCUCAUCGCAAGAAACUCCCGUAUUAUGUGGCCGCUUCAUUCAACCUCGAAACUCUCCCCGAGCCACGAAAGGUUCGACUUGGUGAUGGCACUGUGAUUGGCGGAUAUCUCAACUAUCCGCUCACAAAGGGCAAGAAAUACAACUACGAGAUCUACACUCUUUGGAACAUCACCGGCGCUCCUCUUGUUGGCCGUCUUCGUGUUAUGGGCGUCUGGCCCGAUGCGAGUCCAUACUUGACGGCCGGAUGGCCAUGGUAUUGGCUGUUGUUGUUGCUGUUGUUGCUACUUUUGCUCAUCCUGUUGUGUUGCUGUCUUCUCUGGUGUCUUCAACGACGCUACCGGGCACGCAAAGAUCUUUACCGGCAAACAACAAAUGGACAAGAUAAGCCACUACUCAAGAAUGACGCAGAAUGGGAUCGAAACAUUCGCACACUGCAGGAUCGCCUCGAUCGAAUGCAAAGCCAAAUGGGCACAGCUCAAGGUGAUUUCGAGAAGGGAUAUGUGACUGGUUACAAAGAUGCAAACCGAUUGGGUUCCGCAUCGGCGGCUCGUCGACACAUGCAAGAUAAUUAUGCAGAUCGGGACACCGGAUUCCAUGAGGGAUACACAAAGGGACUACGUGAUGCUGGAAUGACCGGAAUGACAACCUCAAUGCACAAUUUGGCUCAAAAGAGCUCGGGAGGAUAUUCAGCUGGAUUCAUGCAAGGAUACAAGGACGGAAAUUCGGGAGUCUUUGGCGAUCGAGUUACUCCAUCAUUGAUCUCGAGACUCGAUGAACAAUACCCGGGACAAGAUGAUUUCAAACAAGGAUUUGUUGAUGGAUUCAAAGAGGGUUGCAAGAAUCGCACUGUUCAAAAGAGUUCCUUCGAAGACUCGCGCCGACUCCAACAAUCACUCACCGAGCUCACCGAGCGUUUGACAUCUCUCGAAAAGACAAAAGGCGACGAGAUUCAUUCAACCAAGAUCUAUCACGUCUAUAAUCAACAACCCGAAUUUACUGGCUAUUCGUCAACCGGUGCUCAAUUGGCUCACGAAUUGGAUGAGAUGAACAGCCGCUCGCGUACUUCAACGCUUCGUCGUCAUUACACUCCAGGCGACUACUUGAAGUACGCCUCAGAAGAAGAGCGUUACGGUAGCUUGGGCAGAAAUCGACGGUCACUCUCGGCUUCAGCUCUGGCUCGAGAGACAUCGGAGACACGACAAGAGACACGACAAGAAAGACAACGAUACGCGUCGGGGACACUUGGCUCAUCGUAUAUUACGAGAGGGGCCGCCGAUCGACAAGGAACCGAUACAUUUGCACGAAGAUACAAUUAUCGAUCUCGAUCCGAUAUGGGCAGUCCAAGGCGAUACGCUUCGCAAACGUUGCUUGACGCGUCUCGGCCUGGACCAUCGACUCCACAUGCACGACGAGAUGCCCUUGCAACGCUGCAGAAAGAACUUGACACCCUCUCUAGAUCUCCUCAGGGUGGAUAUGCUUCCGAUUCUGCGGCUGGCUAUGAUUCUGUUCGUAGCAAGGCUCGCGGAUACUCAAAUUAUGACUAUGACACUUUCCAAUCGAGUCAACAGCAACAAUCAACAUCGAGCACCACUCAACAGCAACAGACAGAAGCUGGUGGACAGACUGCAACGAGUGCUGUUCGUUACCCAACGACCACUCAGCCGACUGUUGUCUCCACUGUCACCCAUCAAAUCCAAUCGACUCCCGGCACGAACGAGGAUGCUGGUCGAUGGACGGAUGAUUUGAUCGGUAUUGUCAAUGAACCAAUGGAGCGCACCCUCGAUCGCAUGCGCCAAUUCAGCACUUCGGCUGCCAAUGUCGAAGGCGCUCAAUCGAGCCAAGCUCAACAAGGACAGGAAGUCGUCGAGGAGAAAUAUCAUCGUUCCUACAAAGAGGAGCACUCAACCGGUGGGCGU